GACCAAGGAGAGAAGAGCAGGCAACUUGAGAACGAGGAAAGAAAGAAACACUGGCUGGAAAAAAUGAUGUCUCUCAAGGAGUUAUGUGCCUAUGAAACACCCUCUGUUGUUGAAAUGCAGAACUUCCUUUUGGCUGACAGACGGCCCACUGGACAUGUCAACCAAGUGUGGCCUAAUGUGUACAUUGGCAAUGAGGUUGCUGCACGAGACAAGCCAAUGCUGUACAGUAUGGGGAUCACACACAUUGUGAAUGCUGCUAGUGGACCCCCUCAUGUCAACACUGGACCUCACUUUUACAGAGACAUGUCUAUAGAUUACUAUGGAGUGGAGGCUGAUGAUUCCUCAGACUUCCUCAUAAGUGUAUACUUCUAUCCAGCAGCAAGGUUCAUUCGAGCUGCAUUGUCAAAAAACGGAAGAGUGUUUGUCCACUGUCUGAUGGGUGUGAGUCGCUCAGCCACCCUGGUGUUGGCCUUUCUCAUGAUUUGUGAGGAUCUGACUUUAAUGGAGGCCAUUAAAGCUGUACGCCAACACAGGGACAUCUGUCCUAAUCCUGGCUUUCUUAACCAACUUCGACAUCUUGACAUGAGCAUCGUCCGAGAGAGGAAGAAAAAACUGGAAGCUAACAAACUGUAACUGAAAACUUGGUAACAAUGUAAUCAAUCCCAUUUCAAGGGCCUCCACCCUCACGUCUUUGUGCCAGUUCUAUUGGGCCAGAUCUUAUUUGCUAAUACCCCUUGUUCUGCAGUGGCAUAGUGGGUAUCAGAAGACAAAAUUGAAGGGUUUCCUCGUAAACUGUAAAUAACUUCCAAAGGGUAGCAGGGUCACAAAAUAAAUGGCAGUUUUUUAAAUAUCUUCCAGAUGAGACAUACUUUGAACUUGUCUUAAAAUGAGCCAGCAAGCAUGUUUGGCUUUUUUACUGGAGUGAAAUGAGACGGUUGUGGCUUGCUCUUUAUCAUGGGAAGGUGGAAGAGCAAUGCAUAGCUAAAUGUCUUCAGGUUCGAUCCCCUGUAGUGACUUUUUUUAAUGGGUCUCAUAUGCCCCAGCAUAUUAAGCCCAUGGAUAUUUGUUAUGACAUUGGUGGCCAGUCAAGAAUAUCAUGAAAUACUGUAGCAAUUAAAAUCAUUAGUCCAGUGGAUAAGACCAAAAAUCUUAUCACAUUGUUCCUUCUGAAACACUUCAAGUUUUUUGUUGCAAUUAAAUUGGCAGAAAUCCAUGAUUCCCAACCAGGGGUACUUUGUUAGUACAGGUUUUGUUAAAUCUGUAGGUCUUUGUAACAUUUAAGUGAUAUUUGUUUAAUUAACAUUUGUACCAAUGAUGGUGUAUUACCUAGUGUGUUAUAUUUCAGACUUGUUAAACUCCACCAUACAAAUAGUACAAAUGACUUUUGUUAAUCGUUCCAUCUGGAUUUCAUUUAUGAAUACAGUUGCCGUUAACAAGAUUUUUCCUCAGUUAAAGUUUCUCUAUGAUGGCCUUCAAGAACUGUUAAAACUUACAGUAUGAUAGACAA